AUGCUGCAUGUUUGGCAAAUUUCACCGGGAAUUUUGAAAGAAAGCAUUGAUCUCGGAGCCUAUGAUGGUUGUCUGACUACCACAGUUCGUUUCCUACAUAAUCCUGAAUGCAAUCAUGCAUUUGCUUGCUCUGCAGUAGGUUCGUCCGUGUUUCAUCUCCAUAUGAACUCUGUCAAUGACAAAUGGAGCGCAGAUAAAGUCUUUCAUGUGGAGCCAAUACAGGUCGAGAACUGGCUCUCACCUGAGAUGCCUGCACUGCUCACGGAUCUCGUCAUAUCCAUGAAUGACAAAUUUGCAUAUGUUGCUGGCUGGCUACAUGGAUGUAUCUGGCAGCUGGACAUAGCAGAUCCAUUCCGAGUUUCACCUUUGAAUAAGGUGAGAAACAUUUUUGACGUAUUUCAAGAUCGUCUAAGCUAUUCAGGUUUUUUGAAUAGUUUCUAUCCUCAAGUGCUAUUCAGAUUUGAAAGCGUUGUUUUAUUGUUUUACUGCUCACCAAACCUAGAAACAAUAUAAUC